CAGAACUGGAGUUGGUGUGGACAAAAGUGGUUUCUUCUCUCUGACUCUCUGCCGGGGUUUCACUUUCCUCGUACUUCUUCACUGUUCAUGGCAGAUAGUAAGAUCAUGGCAACCCAACACGCUGAGAUACCCAAAACAAUUUAUGACCUCACUGUUAAGGAUGCUAAGGGGGUUGAUGUGGAUCUUAGUAUGUACAAGGGAAAAGCUCUACUGAUUGUCAAUGUAGCUUCCAAAUGUGGACUGACCAACUCUAAUUACACGGAGCUGAAUCAACUAUAUCAACAGUAUACAGACAAAGGGUUGGAGAUACUGGCAUUUCCGUGCAACCAGUUUGGUGAAGAGGAACCAGGAAGUAAUGAAGAGAUUAAAGACUUUGUGUGCACUCGUUUCAAAUCAGAAUUUCCAAUUUUUGACAAGAUUGAUGUAAAUGGUGAUAAUGCCGCUCCAUUGUACAAGUUCUUGAAGUUGGGAAAACGGGGAGUCUUUGGAGAUGACAUUCAAUGGAACUUUUCAAAGUUUCUAGUUGACAAGGAUGGGAUAGUUGCUCACCGCUAUUACCCUACUACUGCCGCCCUUAGCCUUGAGUGUGACAUAAAGAGGCUGUUGGGAGUCUCAUGAGUGCAAAGAUCUAUAAGCUUCAUCAGAAUUAUGAUUGAUAUUUGUGGACCAUUAAGCGGAAAGAACUUAAUAACCACUGCUUCUGAGUUUUAGUGUGAUUCCAAGGACAUGUUAAGGUUGUUUCUGUGUAUGUCAUGAUGCAACAGAAGGCACAAUUAAGUGAUAGUGUGCUACAAAUGAAAUGAAACAUAAAAACUAAAAAAUUUCAUCCA